AUGGCCGGACGCAGGUUUGCUACUUUCGGUGGUCUCGCCGCUGUCGGUGCGGGUACCUACUACCUCUACAGCGCGGGCGGCGACCCGAAACUUGCUGAGAAGAAGUUUGAGCACGAUGCUGCCAACGCCACAAGGAGGGUUCGUGGUGAUUUCCCUGGCCAGGACAAGGAGGCCAAGAAGGCUGGUGAGGAGGGAUACGAGGCUGUUCGCGCAACCGCACAAGACUAUGCCAACCGCGCCAGCGCCGAGGCAAAGAAGGCCGAGGCCGACCUCAGGGCCUACACCCAACAAGCACAGAACAAGGCCCAGCAGUACAGCGCCGAGGCUCAGAACAAGGCUCAGGAGUACAGCGCUGAGGCCCAGGCGAGGUACAACUCCCUGAGCGCCGAGGCAAAGAAGAAGUGGGACGAGGCCAGGGCUCGGGGCGAGGAGUUCACUCGCGAGACCAGCAAGGACUUCAAUGCUGCCGUUGACAGGUUCGACAGGGAGGUCACCAGGGAUGCGGCGCAGGCAAAGAGCUGGUUGGGCUCCUGGUUCGGCGGCAAAUAAGCCCGUUGCGAACAUGGAGAGAUAUGGAUUGGACUUUGAUAUUGCAUUUGCUGCUUAGCACUGGAGUAUAUGGG